CACUCUCAAAAGUCCAAAUAACCAUUUCAUCUCCCUUAUUCACUUUCAUUCUUUUUCCUUCCAACAAUCAAGUAAAUUGAGAAACCAUGCUACAAGAGUAAGCAUACCAAUACAAAUAAUCAUUCAAAUGAAACCAAACCUAAACGAUUUUGUAUCAACAAUUCUAAACAAAAUCAAUCACCUAAACCAUUUGAAACAACUUCAAUCCCACUUAAUCACACUUGGUCAUUCUCAAACCCAUUUCUAUGCUUUCAAACUCCUUCGUUUUUGUUCCAUCAACCUCUCAAAUCUUCAUUAUGCUCAUCGAAUCUUCAACCAUGUUCAAUCUCCCAAUAUCUACCUCUUCACUGCCAUCAUCACUGCCUAUUCCUCUCAGCAAAACAAUCAUUCCCUCACUUUUUCCCUCUUUAAAAAGAUGCUCAAUAGCGAAAUCCGUCCUAACAAUUUCAUCUAUCCCCAUGUGCUGAAAUCAUCAAAGGAUCGAUUUUUAACAGGUUCUGUGCAUGCCCAUGUUGUAAAAACUGGUUUUUUACGAUACCAAGUUGUUGAAACUUCGCUUGUUGAUACGUAUUCGAAGGUUUUGGGAGGAUUAGGGGAUGCUAAGAAGGUGUUUGAUGAAAUGUCUGAGAGAAAUGUUGUGGUUUUUACUGCUUUGGUUUCUGGGUAUUUGAGAGUUGGUGAUGUGGAAAAUGGUUUGGAGGUGUUUGGUAAAAUGGUUGAACGAGAUGUUCCGGCUUGGAAUGCUGUGAUUAGUGGUUGUACUCAGAAUGGGUUUUUUAGUGAGGGGAUUAGGUUGUUUAGAGAAAUGGUUUUUGUUGCUGGUUGUGGUGAGGGAGGGUUUUGUAAGGGUAAUAAGCCGAAUCAGGUUACAGUUGUUUGUGCGCUUUCGGCUUGUGGUCAUGCUAGUAUGCUUCAACUUGGGAAAUGGAUACAUGGUUAUGUUUAUCGGCAUGGUUUUGUGGUUGACUCGUUUGUUUCGAACGCACUUGUGGAUAUGUAUGGGAAGUGUGGGAGUUUGGAGCUGGCGAGGAAGGUUUUUGAGAUGGACCGAUGUAAGGGUUUAACAUCUUGGAAUUCGAUGAUUAAUUGUUAUGCGUUGCAUGGGAAAUGUGAUGGCGCGAUUGCAGUUUUUGAGAAGAUGGUGGAGUAUGGCGGUGCUGUGAGGCCUGACGAGGUUACCUUUAUUGGGCUGUUGAAUGCUUGUACUCAUGGCGGAUUGGUUGAACAAGGUUGUGGCUAUUUUGAGAUGAUGAUUAAGAAGUACGGGAUAGAGCCUCAGAUUGAGCAUUACGGGUGUUUGAUUGACCUUCUGGGUCGGGCAGGUCGAUUUGACGAGGCGAUGGAUGUUGUGAAGGGAAUGAGCAUGGAACCUGAUGAAGUGGUUUGGGGCUCUUUGCUUAAUGGAUGUAAGGUUCAUGGUCGAACCGAUUUGGCGGAAUUUGCAGCCAAAAAGCUAGUUGAAAUAGAUCCACACAAUGGUGGUUAUGGAACAAUGUUGGCCAAUAUAUAUGGUGAUUUAGGUAAGUGGGAUGAAGUGAGGAAUGUGUGGUGCAAAUUGAAACAACAAAAAUCUUAUAAGAUUCCAGGAUGUAGUUGGAUUGAGGUUGAUGACCAAGUCCAUCAAUUCUUUUCUCUAGAUCAAUCUAAUCCAAAGACAGAAGAGUUGUACAGUGUUUUGGAAAAUCUGAUUGGUUAUAGAAAUGAAAUCUUGGUUGAAAUGUAAACCUUAAAUUAUGGUUGCCGUUACGCUGCAAAACUAUAAUUGCAGGAAAAAAAAUGUAGCUGAUAUGGCCGAAAUUGUAAUUGCAAUGACGAUGGGAGAUCUUAAAAUCCUUUAUGUUGCAACCCAAAUUUAAAACCAUGGCUUGAAGGAAUAUUUUCUGAUUAGAGAGAGUUUAUAUACAACACACAUACACUUCCUCCCAACAGACAAUACCUCGUAGUUGUAGUGAUGCGGGCUUAAGGUCGACCGGACAAAAGUACUUGCUCAUUUUGGUUUAACCACUAGUUCAAUCAAUUCCUUUUGACUUGGAUGGUAGAAAACACAAUAAGGAUUGGUAAUCAUUGAAGAUUUUGUACUUGGUCAUUUACUAGAUCAUAUCAACUUGCUUUCUCAAUUUUGUCCAUUUUAUUUUUAUUUUCUAACUUACAGUCACCACUUGAUUCUCUAGCGCAUACUUGUAUUUCAAAUAUGGUGUUGUACCAAUAAGAUUAUUUGACCACUUGUUUGUGAUUCCAUUUUUCAAUUUUUUCAAUUUGGUGCUUCAUAAUUGUAUUUUCCUUUUGUCAUUGAACUAUUUAAUCUACUGGUUAUAUUUUGAGCAACAAUGUAAAAGAAGUUCAUAAAAUCAUCAUA